CUAACGAAUUAACUCAGUUGAGCGGGGAUUUUUGAAACGACAAGUUGUCUAUAGCGCUUAAAGGAAAAAGUGGAAAUUUUUUUAAUAAAUAGAAAAAAAGUUUUUUUUUUAUAAAAAGUAAAACUAAAAUACAUUGUUAAUAUAAUGAUGAGUGGCUUAACAGCCAAAGCAAUUGCAGUGAUCUGCAUUACUUUAAGUUUAUUGAAAAGUGCUGAAUUGCGUCCCCAAAAAUCAAUGCCCAAUGUGGGUACAAAAUGCGGUUAUGCGAGCUGCCCCAAAGUCAAACCACACAUGUUGAACGUUCACUUAAUACCCCACACUCAUGAUGAUGUGGGUUGGCUUAAGACUGUCGAUCAAUAUUAUUAUGGCAGUGAGACUCAGAUACAAAAAGCCGGUGUCCAAUAUAUAUUGGAUUCAGUGGUCCAGGAGUUAUUAAAAGAUCCUCAGAAACGUUUUAUCUAUGUAGAAUCCGCUUUCUUUUUCAAAUGGUGGCGUGAACAAGAUCCCGACUUGCAGGAUCAAGUUAAAAUGUUAGUAAAUGAGGGACGUUUGGAAUUUAUUGGCGGAGCUUGGAGUAUGAACGAUGAGGCAACUACACACUAUCAAAGUGUUAUUGAUCAAUUUGCUUGGGGUUUGAGAUCUCUUUUUCUCAAAUAG